GGUGGCACUAAUGCACCAACUAGAACGACGCAGCUGUUCAUCAAAACACUCGAAGAAAACGGAGGGAAGAAAGGCGGCAGUGUAGUCCUCUGUGCACAACAUAAACAAAUGGUAAACUAACUGCGACUCCACAAAAAUGUCGAUUGUGUUUGUACCAAGGAAACUACGUGGAAAGGCGAAAAUCAACCAAGAAACAAUACAGAGGUUGCUGGAUGAAAACGACCAGUUAAUAAGAUGCAUCACUGAGUACAUGCAGAAAGGCCGAGCAGUGGAAUGUGUCCAGUACCAACAGAUCUUGCACCGCAACAUCGUUUAUCUGGCAACUAUAGCUGAUGCCAGCCCUGACGACAUGCCCCCCUCCUCAAAUUCUACAUCUACUGAAACUUCAGCCUCCACACCAGCUGUGAAUGGGCAUGGACAGAUAUGAUGAUGGCCGCUUGUGACAAUGGAGCUGGGAUGUGGUGUCCACCUUGUGACAGUUGUUUUGUAAAGAUUGAUUUUAUAUUACAAGGAAAUCUAUUUAUUAUGUUCAGUUUAUACUAUUGUUUUCAGUAAUGUGACCUAUUUCAGGAUCACUGGAUUUUCAGUUCAGUAAUUCUUUACUGGAUGUUUAUUAUGUGAACAAAUCUUUGAAUUCCAAAUAUUUUUAAAAUCUUCUGACAUGUACAAUAAAAUAAUUUUUUUUUA